UUGGUAGAGAGAGAGAGAGAGACAGAGAGAGGGAUAAAACCAAGGUCAAAGGAGUGAGGGCGGAGACAAGGCGGUGUUGGGAAAUCCGCGUGCGGCGUCGAGACGGACUGCUUGGCUUUUGCUGCUCUGAGAGUCUUCGCUGGCGGUCUCAAAUUUUCGCCCCUAUAGCAGGGCUGCUUUACCUUUAUAUAUACAUACAUGUAAGAACGGCGAUGCGGAAAUUCGUGGCGGAUAGGGCCAGAGGUCUGAUCGGUUAUUAUCAUCGUUCACUUUAUUCCCAAUCUCGUUUCUACGCUUCUCCUCCUCCCAUGGAUUCGUCUUCUUCUUCCUCUCCUCCUGUUACUGUCCAAACCAUCAACCCAAAGGUCUUAAAAUGUGAAUAUGCAGUUCGUGGUGAGAUUGUUACCAUUGCCCAGCGGCUACAGCAUGAGUUACAAGCUCAUCCAGGUUCUCUUCCUUUUGAAGAGAUACUCUACUGCAAUAUUGGAAAUCCUCAGUCUCUUGGUCAGCAGCCAAUUACCUUCUUCCGAGAGGUUCUUGCAUUAUGUGACCAUCCAUCCAUUUUGGACAAAAGUGAAACGCAGGGUUUGUUCAGUGCGGAUGCCAUAGAGCGAGCUUGGCAGAUCUUGGAUCAAAUUCCUGGAAGAGCCACCGGUGCAUAUAGUCAUAGCCAGGGCAUCAAGGGGUUACGUGAUACAAUUGCUGCUGGAAUUGCAGCUCGUGAUGGUUUUCCUGCUGAUCCUAAUGACUUAUUCCUUACUGAUGGUGCAAGCCCAGCGGUACACAUGAUGAUGCAAUUGCUGAUAAGAUCAGAAAAAGAUGGAAUUCUGUGUCCCAUCCCUCAGUACCCAUUAUAUUCUGCUUCAAUUGCACUCCAUGGUGGAACCCUUGUGCCUUACUAUCUUGAUGAAGCAGCAGGAUGGGGGUUAGAGGUUUCUGAGCUUAAGAAGCAGUUGGAAGCUGCCAACUCCAAGGGUGUCACUGUUAGGGCCUUGGUUGUAAUAAAUCCUGGCAACCCAACGGGUCAGGUUCUAGCUGAGGAUAACCAGCGGGAAAUUGUAGAAUUCUGCAAGAAAGAAGGCCUUGUACUUCUGGCAGAUGAGGUAUACCAGGAAAAUGUUUACGUUCCUGACAAGAAGUUUCACUCAUUCAAAAAGAUCUCCCGAUCUAUGGGGUAUGGUGAAGAGGAUAUCUCCUUGGUAUCUUUUCAGUCAGUCUCCAAAGGGUAUCAUGGGGAGUGUGGAAAAAGAGGAGGUUAUAUGGAGGUCACUGGAUUUAGUGCUGAUGUAAGGGAACAAAUCUACAAAGUGGCAUCUGUGAACCUCUGUUCUAAUAUCUCUGGUCAAAUUCUUGCAAGCCUUGUCAUGAAUCCACCCAAGGUUGGAGAUGAAUCAUAUGAAUCUUACAUUGCGGAGAAAGAUGGAAUUCUAUCAUCUCUAGCAAGGCGUGCAAAGACACUAGAAGAUGCAUUCAACAGUUUAGAGGGAGUUACAUGCAAUAAAGCAGAAGGAGCAAUGUAUCUCUUCCCUCGUAUUCACCUGCCGCAGAAGGCAAUUAAAGCAGCUGAAGCUGCCAAUGCAUCUCCAGAUGCAUUCUAUGUUCGCCGCCUACUCAAUGCCACUGGCAUUGUCGUUGUUCCUGGUUCCGGAUUUGGGCAGGUUCCAGGCACAUGGCAUUUUAGGUGCACUAUACUGCCACAAGAGGAUAAGAUCCCAUCGGUAGUCACCCGCUUGACAGAAUUCCACAAGCAAUUCAUGGACGAGUAUCGCGACUAAGGAAUGCAAACCCUCAUUUUACAGGGGUUUCUCAAUUUUCAGUUUUCAAUUUUCAAUUUUCAAAUAAGGUGUAGCCUCGGCCCCAGGUAUCGAUGCUCAUGGACGUGAUGCAUUUCUUUUACUUAAAACAGUUUCUGGGGACGUUAAAUCAUUGUUGAUUGUACUA